AUGAUAUUUCUAGGAAUAUUGUUUCCAACUCUAGUUUUGGCUGAGAGACUUAACUUAACUUAUUGGAACUGUGGAUCGCAAACUAAUCCAAUUUCAAUAACAGCUUCGGAAACCUAUUCAAGAUUGGCUUGUGCGAAGCCUUACUGUGAGAGUUUUGAUGGAAUUUUUAAAGUUAUUGGGGCAAUCUUACAUAUUAUUCACUGGGAUUAAAUAAUUCGGAGAACUCGAGAUUAAGAGAACUCAGAAAAUCAACUGAAUAUAUUUUUUAUAACUUUCGAAAAAAAUUUGGAAAAAUUUGAAAAAUUCACUGGUUCAGAAUGUUCAUAAUUUAAAUUCAGUUCUUUUAAUUCAUUCAUUCUCACUUUCCAAAAAUAAAAAAAUCUAUAUUUUUUCAGAUGACUUCAAUCUGUGCUGCGCAAUUCACGAUGAUUGCUAUAAUCAAAAAAAUGGCCAACAAUUUUGUGAUACCAAAUUUUGUGAUUGUUUAGAAGAUGCAAGCCGUGGAAAUGGAUUGAAAUGUUUUGUUUUUGAAGAAGCCGCGUGUUAUGCAGUUAGAAAUCAUGGAGGAAAAGCUUAUGAUUUAUCAAAUGUUGGAAAUUCGGGAGGAGUGAUUUAUAAAAUCAAGAAUAAUUCGAAAAUUGCGAAAGAGUUUGCGAAACUCUAUGAGAAUUGUGUGGUUCAGCGAUGUAAGUGAAAAAGGGAUUAUGAAACAUCGGGAAAGUAUGCAGCCUUGGGGUUUCCAAAUUUUAUCUAAAUAUAUUUUUACAAGCAUAAAAUUAGAAAGGUUCCAGUGACUUUCAACACUUGCGCAAUUAACUUUGACAACUGUAUGGAAAACACCCGAAAUCAAAAAUCCUGUAUCCAUCAGCUUCACACUUGCCUGUCAGAAACCGAUUUAAUGCGGAAAAUUGACGGAAAAUGUGAUAAAGUUGUGCAAAAUGUUAGAGAAGUGUUGAAAAAAAUUGAAAAUUCUGUGUGA